UUUGUUGGCAUCUUUAAUGCAGUCAUGGAGAGAGAGAGAGAGAGAGAGAGAGGAGGUUCUUCCGCUCUGUGUGCUCACCAUCACCGCCAUUAAUAUUACAGCCUUCCCCUCAUCUCUCCUCUUCUCUUAUCUGUGCCAAAUAUUGUUUCCACAAUAAUGAGCUCUCCCUCCCCCUCUCUGUAUAUAUAUAAAUGAGUAAAUGUAUACUGUCAACACACACUGAACAACGCCAACCACUGGCAGCCAUCUUCCAACCUCAAGCCUCAUUGCAGAGACCUUCAAGAAAGAGAGAGAGAUCGAUCCAGAACCUGCUUUAUUCUAGCUCUCAAUGGCUUUGCUUUGGGCUGCGUACAAGCUGUUUCUCUGCCUCUGCCUCCUCCUAUUUCUCAACUCACUCUCUCUUUCCCAAGCAGGGAAGGGGAUCAGGUGGGAAGACGAGUACCCGUUCAUAAGGAGGGCGAGCACUUUCCGGCCAGCGUACACGUCAUCAGGCGGCGGGGACGAGGGUUACGACUACAUAGUGGUGGGGGGAGGCACCGCCGGCUGCCCGCUGGCUGCGACGCUGUCCCGCAACUUCAGGGUGCUGUUGCUGGAGAGAGGAGGGGUCCCCUUCGGCAACCUCAACGUGUCGCUGUUGAAGAAUUUCCACAUCUCUUUGGCGGACACUUCGCCGGCCUCCGCCUCUCAGCUCUUCAUCUCCACCGACGGCGUCUUCAAUUCCCGGGCCAGGGUCCUGGGCGGCGGCACCAGCAUCAAUGCCGGCUUCUACACUAGAGCCAGCACAAGGUAUGUAAGGAGGGCAGGGUGGGAUCCCAAACUGGUGAACCAGUCAUACCCAUGGAUAGAGAAGCAAAUAGUUCACCAGCCAGAUCUCGCGCCAUGGCAGGCCGCCCUAAGGGACAGUCUUCUUGAAGUGGGCAUCUCCCCUUUCAAUGGCUUCACCUACGAUCACUUGUUCGGAACCAAAGUCGGCGGAACCAUCUUCGACCAGCUCGGCCACCGGCACACCGCCGCCGAGUUGCUCGCUUCCGCCAACCCUCAAAACCUCCGGGUUCUGGUUCAUGCCACCGUUCACAAGAUCGUUUUUGACACCGCGCCGCCUGCUGGGAAGAAGCGGAGGGCAGUGGGAGUGAUCUUCAGAGAUGAAAAUGGCAAGAAACACCGAGCAUUGCUUGCACAGAGGCGGGAGAGUGAAGUGAUAUUGUCCUGCGGAGCAAUUGGCAGCCCCCAGCUGAUGAUGCUCAGCGGCAUUGGGCCUAAGCCGGAACUGGAGAAGCUCAACAUUCCGCUCGUGCUUGAGAACAAGUUCGUCGGGAAAGGCAUGUCGGAUAAUCCCCUUAACUCGGUGUUCAUACCCAGUACUAAACCGGUGAGGCAGUCCUUAAUUCAGACUGUGGGGAUCACCAAGAAGGGUGUGUACAUUGAGGCCAGCAGCGGGUUCGGCCAGUCCAAGGAUAGCAUCAAGUGCAACCAUGGAAUCCUAUCAGCUGAGAUUGGGCAACUCUCCACCAUCCCCCCAAAGCAAAGAACACAAGAGGCUCUAGCAGCCUAUAGGAAAGGCAAGGGUGAUCUUCCACAUGAAGCAUUCAGGGGGGGUUUCAUCUUGGAGAAGAUUGCCAGGCCUGUUGCAAGAGGGGAGCUGAAGCUGAUCAAUUCCAAUGUCGACGAUAACCCUUCUGUGACCUUCAAUUACUUCGGCCAUCCCCGCGACCUGCAGCGAUGCGUCGACGGGAUUCGCACCGUGGAGAAGCUGGUGAGUUCCAAACACUUUGCAAACUUCAUCCAGGGCGGCGACGCCGUGUCUGCGGAGAGGCUGCUCAACAUGAGUGUCCAGGCCAAUGUCAACCUCAUCCCCAAGCAUACCAAUGACACCAAGUCCUUGGAGCAGUUCUGCAGAGACACUGUCACCACCAUUUGGCACUACCACGGAGGCUGCCACGUGGGCAAGGUUGUGAGCCCUGACCACAAGGUUCUUGGGGUUCAGAGUCUCCGAGUUAUUGACGGCUCCACGUUUCGCGAAUCUCCCGGCACCAAUCCGCAGGCCACCGUCAUGAUGAUGGGCAGGUACAUGGGAGUGAAGAUCUUGAGGGAGAGGCUGGGAAGAAGAUCAUCUGGUGUUUGAUGGCCAUGCAGAGAAUUGCAGCAUGAAUAUUAAUAAUAGGG